AUGAUCGGAGCACUUAUUGUCCUCGCAUUACCAUUCAUAAUGAUAUGUCUUAUGUUGUCUAUGUCUUCAGGACUGAACCGCGAAGCGUACUUGAAGAUUAUCAUUGUCUACAUGUGUGGCUAUCUCCUUCAAGGUUGCAUUAUUCUUCUCAGUUUCCUAAUCAAUUUCAUCUACCGAUGCUACCUGUUCAAAGCGAUGAUCCGAGCCGAAGGCUUCGAAAUGGAAGGCUGGAAUGCAGAUGAUGAUGAUGAUGAAUCGGACGAUUCGUCGGACGGCAAUCAUGAAGAAUAA